AGCCAUCUAUCGGUCACUUUACGAACGAAAAAUGAAUAAUACAGUGCACAAGAUCGGCCAGCUAACAAAAAUCACGAAACAAGAACCAAAGGCAACGACAACAAGAAAAGAACACCACCUGCGGAACAGCGCUUCUAUUCUGGCUGAACAAAAAAUCUCGUUUUAACCGAACUUACAUACAUAAUUCAGCUCUUAUUCAGUUUUUUCAAGAAAACACAAACAUCAUGCCCAGAAAUAGGAAUAGGAAUAAGAAAAAGGAGAAAAAGGCUCAGGUCCACAAUUUCAACAAUUUGCAAAUUCGGCAAAUAAUUCCUGUUAAACCUCAACCAAUAAAUAAGCCAAAUCCAAACAACCUUCAACCAGUAGCAACAACUACAGCUUCUCCAUCUCUGCCAUUUUAUGCGGUUCCUCAAACACCGGCACAAACAUCUCGAUUUGAAAAUCGACCUCCCGCUCCAUGGCUCCAACCUCCGAGGCCUCAGCAGCCUGCACCUGCUGGGCCAGCGAUGCAUUGGCUUCGGCAUCCUUCACUGCCAGUGUUGCAAUGGCCUCAGAAUCCAGCAGCGCCGUUUACUCAAGUCUCUACGUCAACGGCAGCCCCUCAGAAGCAAGGAGUCGUUAACGAUAUCCAGGACAUGGACGCGAAAGCUUUUCUGGAGUUGCAGUCUAAAGAGGUGUUCUCCAAACCGUUUGUAGAGCUGUCUCUUGAUGAAAGAUCAAAGCUCUGGCACAUCGUUAAAGACCAGCAUUUUUUUGGAUUUCAUCAGCUCUCCGAAAUCCUGCUUAUUCUGGAUUGCAACUUCAGAAGUGAUGAUCCGUCCAAUCCCGUUUUGCACUUUUACAGCACCACAAAGCUGGGACAAGUUGCUAAGAGCGUUUUCCAAUUGCUGUACGCCCUGCUGAAUUUCGGUGAAAGAGACCUGCUUCGGAAGUAUAUGAUCACCAUCAAAGGAAACACCUCUAAUGUGGAAAGCAAGAAACCCGACGAGAUCGGGGCUCUGUUCAUUAAUCAAGGCUUGAAAGCGAAGUUUUUGAGAGUUACAAAUAACGUGAAGAAGGAGGAUGCGCUUGAACGUGAACUUAAAAAACGCACUACAACUACAGACAAAAAUCGUUUCAUGUAUCUUGUCGAGCAACAAUCUAGAAACGACUAUGACAUUUCCUAUGACCGCCUCUGCAUUGAAAUCCAGCAGUAUGUCCAGAAAAAGGUGGUUCUUGAUUACAUAAUGGAAAUCUUGCGGGAAAAUAACAAAAUUCCGACCACCCUGGAUGAAUCUGCCUACCUCCUCUAUGAAACUCCAUUCAAUCAGCUCUCCACAUUUGCUCAGUACUUCGCUAAAAGGUUUCAAGAGCUGCUCAUUUUGAAGCAGUGGGCUCACCUGAGAGUCAGCAAAGCUAAUGUUGUGAGGCCAUUUCAAGAGGACCCAUGCGCGAUGGCGUACUUCUCACUUACUGUAACGGACCUGAAGCUCUUUUUCAAUGAACAAGUGAACGCCACCAUGCUCUCGCUCGAGGAGCAGCAGGCAAUAUCCCGUUUUCCUUCGGACUUCCCCAAACGCUUUGCCAAACUGAUUUCUCUAGUUAGAACAAAAGGCAAUGACUAUUUGGCAACCCUCUUCGAAAACAAUGAGGAGGUUCAUGCUGUAACGCCUGAUUCCCAAAAGUUACCCAUGAAGCCACGGUCGCUCUUGAUUCCUUCGCAUAUCAAGCAGGAAUUCUUGUCAGAGGGAAGCCCAACCAGACCAUCAGACAGCGAGCCAAAGUUUGAAAAGACUUUUAAACCCGUUGAAGAAGUCCCAGUCGCCGAAGUUCCAGUUUCUGAGGCGUCUUUGGCAAAGUCGUUGCCAUCUUCAUCAGUGAGCUAUGCCAAUUACAUGGACGUGUUGGAUUCGUUAGACGCAUCUCGGGUAGAAGAUGUGGCUCUGGAGGAAACCCCAGCAGAAUCGCAUCAAAGGACUACCGAAAAGAUCUUCUUCCAUCCAGUUAGAGGAAGUGACGGUGUUAAUGUGACCGCCAUCUCUAUUUUAAACCAGCUGAAAACGUUCAAAAAUUUUAGAAAUACGCUUGGAGACUACUUUUGGACAAAAUUCAGGUUGUUGGACACAAUUCAGUUCUCCAGGGAAACCAUUAUGUUUGGAAUAGUUGAUGAGUUCCAGACCUACAUUCAUAAUAGAUUUACAAUUUAUAAUUUCCACUUUGAGGGGACUGACAGUGUUUUCUACUCGACGCAAUGCUCGGCUCAUAUUGAACUGCUUAUGAAGAAAAACUUGAUACUGCAUUCUGACCAGCUAGGACAGGUCACUGUGACCCUAGAGGUGGAUUGCGAUAAGCCUGAAAACAGCAUGCUGGCGGGUCGCAUUGAGGCUGCGUUAAAAAACAAAUUGGACACCAAGAGAAAACAUUUAGACUUGUCUACAUUCCACAAGAAUAAAGAAUUGGAUCCACAUGUGUUCUUCCCGCUAAGCUUUACGCCAAACCUGGCAAAUAUUUUCACGAAUCAAGCUAUCGCAACAAAAUCGUUCAUAUCACUUGAUCUCUCUAACAACCGACUGACUAAAUUUGAUCUUUUUAAAAAUGGGGGAACUUUCAUGCCACAUCGCAAUCUGCAAGUGUUGGAUCUUCGAAACAACCUGCUCAAUAUGUCAGCUUUGUACCAAUUCAACAAGUGUCCAUUAAAAGAGGUCUAUUUAGAUGGCAACCCAUUGUGCAGCUUUUAUUCAACGGAAAAGGAGUACAUUGAGGACGUCUUGAAGGUGUGGCCAAAUCUUGAAACUUUGGAUGGCUGCAAGAUUGUGAACUUUGGAAAGCGUACCUACAAGCCACAUUUCUUCCAGAACAAAGGAGCCGAGGAAUUCACGCAGCAAUUUCUGACCCACUAUUUCAGCAUUUUUGAUAGCGACAGGCGGGACCUUCUGUCGGGCAUUUACCACUCAAAAGCACUGAUGUCCUUGACCUGCACUGUCCUGGAAGACCAAUCCACCACUAACAAUGCAAAUUUAUCUUUCUACCUGCAACAGAGUAGAAACCUUAUGAAGAUGAGCGACAUGAGCAAAUCUGAGAGGUUGAUCAAUGAUGGGAAUAAAGCGAUAAUGGACCUCUACCAACUUUUCAGCCUCACAGAGCAUGAUCCAGCCUCCUUCUGCGUCGACAUAACUUGUUACACAGAAAAAAGUGUUCACAUGACUGUGAGCGGAGUGUUUAGAGAGAAAAACAGCACCUAUCCACCAAGGUUCUUUUCGAAAAAGCUGUUUUUUGCUAAUUGCAGUGGCACAUAUCUGAUAGUGAAUGAACUCCUCUACAUCACCAACUGCACCACUGAGCAGGCCAAUGUUGCGGUGAAGGAAAUUGAUGACAAACUGCCUGCGUAUGAUCUCUAUUUGAGUUCCAUUCCGAAACUCACCGUAUUCAAUGAUGAACAAAAACUGGGACUCAUGAAGAAGUUGUCAGACGUGACCGGGAUGAACGUAAAAUGGAGUAAAAAGUGCCUUGACGACAUGAAGUGGGACUUGCGGAACGCCCUGAUAUACUUCCAGCAGUUUUACUCUAUGAACUCGAUUCCAAGUGAAGCGUUUCUCUGAAUUGGAAGAAAAGUUAGUUUGCUACUGUUACGCGCAAAGACAGAAAGUGCUGCAGCUACACUGUGUCCAUAGCAGCUAAGUUCAGAACCAGAAUCGUGAAUAGUUAAUACUCAACAUUUUUUUUUCAUCUGCAUCAGAGAUUGGAUUGUGCAAUUUUUAUUUAUGAUUAGAUUACCUAAGCAGAGCAAUUAAAAAUAAUAUGCAUCUGGCUACAUAAC